CAAAAUUAAAAUUUAUACCAACUGACCAUUCAAAGGACAAAUAGCUAUACACGUUUGAAAGAUGCUUCGAAAGCAUAUGGUACACACAUUAAUAUAAAAGUGCCACUUGAUUAACAAAAUAGCUGUAACUGUACCAUUUUCCUUUUUCUAACGUUUCGUGUUUCUUUUUCUUUCCCUUUUUUUAAAUAAAUUGAUCUGAUUUAUGUAAGAAUUUUAUAAACCCCAACUUGAUUCCCUAUUUUUAUGUGCAUCUUUCACAAUUCUUUUCUGGCAGCCACAAGGCAUACAUGGAAGAACAUUUCAACUUCGAGAGUCUAGCUCAAGACACCACCACCUCGUCCACAUCAUUUUCAAUGACUUCGUCCUCGAUGACAAGAUCCACCACCUCUUCCUCCUCGAACUCUUGGUCGAUAUCUUCCUAUCGAAGUACAAAGAGUCUAAAUGAGGGCAAAGCUCACAAGAACUCGAAAUAUGUUCGAGGAGAAAAAAGUGGCAAAGCGAAUGACAAGAAGCAUACAACUUAUCGAGGUGUACGAAAGCGUAGUUGGGGCAAAUGGGUGUCCGAGAUUCGACAACCUAAGAAGAAAUCAAGAAUAUGGCUUGGAACAUAUCCAAUACCAGAAAUGGCAGCCCGAGCACAUGAUGUAGCAGCUUUAGCAAUCAAAGGUCACUCAGCUUAUCUUAACUUCCCACAUUUGGCUCAUGAACUCCCCCGGCCCGCCUCGGCAUCGCCAAAGGACAUCCAAGCUGCGGCCGCAAAGGCGGCUGCCGCCACAAUUCGCGGUGGUGCAGAAGCUGAAGCACGACUGAGCAAAGCCCAGCUACCCAAUUCUCAUUCAUCAACGAAUUUAUCGCAGGAACACUUUCAAGAAUCUACUGAUGAUGACACGUUUUAUGAUCUGCCAGAUCUUUCAAUGAACGGUGCAGAACACAAUGAUGGAUACUGUACUUACUAUGCCUUGUCAUGGCAGUUAGAGGGAUCCGAUCAUAUCAGAUACGGGUCGCCUGAGGAUUCAUAUUUAUGGGAGUCUAACUGUUACAAGUGAGGACAGCUGUAACUAUCGAAACUCAUUUUUGGCGCAAAUUUUUCAGGAGAGUUAAUUAUGAUCGUAUAAUGAAUAAAUCUAAGCUUUCUUUUUCCAAUAUUUUUUUAUUUUCUUAGGGUUCUUUUAUUUACUUCAUAUGGCCCCAUAGUAGUAUAAUUUAAUGAGAUAUAUAGUCUUGGAAAUUCUAUGUAGUAGAAAUGAGAAUAGUAAUAUUGUACUUAACUAAAUUAGAAAAAUACUUCGAUAAAUAGACGUGGCAUGGAAUAAUCAGUCAUAUAUU